AAAAACCCGAAUGCGUAACAUUUACAUGACAACGACAGGGGUGGUUCAACCUAAAAUACCUUAAGUUUCUUGACGAUCAGAACUUUAUGAAGAACGCAGGGAACUGACUGUUUAUGGCAAAAGGAUAUGCAGUUAUCAAUGAACACACAAUCAGAUUAGUGCCUGACUUGGUAGAAGGUGAUGGCUAGUGUAUAUGCAUCGACGCUAGAGACAACAAAUGCAAACAGAGCGUGUCGAGGCAUACUCGGUCCCUGUACGGAUGGUCUACGUGACUUACUGCGUCACCACGUCCCACCACACACAUUCCCUCAUGUCAUAAAACAAAACAAACUCAAUCUUCCACAUCUGACGGCUGUUCAGCGUGACCUAAUUUUACCAAAGCAUGGAGGUUAUUCCGGAACAUAUGAUGAUAUGUAUAUUAUUGUAUAUCUUAUUGAGAAACAUAGCCAAGAUAUCUCCUCACUCCAAGGGCUGGGGCAAAGAUCCCAACCCCCAUGACAGGAGUCUCUCGGCCAACAUAGAGAGGAUUCGAUUGGUCCGGAAUCGUUGUGUUCACUCAUGUGAUCCAUCCAUGUCCAUCACAGACUUUAACUCCAUCUGGUCCACCAUUAAAUCGACAAUGGUGGAUCUUGAUGCCUUCCUCAUGAAUGGAAACAAAUAUGAAAAGGCGGUGGAUUUCCUAUGUCACGAGUCGAUGGACCCGCAAAACGACCUACAUUACGAAGAAGAACUGAGGAAGCAGGUAGAGGAAGAUAAGACAACCAGGGAAAUGGUGGACAACCUUGAGAAUAAACUGGAGAAACUGAUAAAGUCAUCCAUUCCCCAAAAUGUGAGAGAGCAAUAUGAUAUUGACGUUGAGAAAUGGAGAGAGGAAGACAAGCUUUACUAUGAAACCCACAGCUUUCCGUCAAUGGUGGAGAAAGUGAGGAACCAACCUUGCGUGACGUUUGUUGGUGUGCCUGGGUCCGGGAAGUCUGCCACGGCUCACCACAUCGCCCUCAAGCUCCGGGAGGAAGGUUACGAAGUUGUACCAGUUGAUGAAAUCAGAGAGAUAAAGCAAUACUGUGACACAAAGAAUCCACAGGUUUUUGUUAUUGAUGAUGUGGUGGGUGUUUUUGGCCUCCAGAAAAGUAAAUUAGAUGUGUUGACUGAUUAUGAACAGAAAAUAACACAGCCUUGCAUGGCUAAGUCUAGAACUUUGAUGACAUGUAGAGAGGCUGUGUUCAAUGAGACACUACCUUACAAACCAUUCCUUACAAAGGAAGAGACUGUGAUUAAGUUACACAGUUCUGAUCAUGCAUUAGACAAUCAUGACAUAAAACAGCUUCUCCAGAAGUAUGGUUUGAAUGUUAGUCUAAUAUCACCUGCAUUGCUGACAUCAACAUCUCGCAUGUUUCCUCUUCUCUGUAAAUUGUUUUCAAAGGAACCAAAAUUCCAAGCUCUUGGUUCAAAGUUUUUCCUGAAUCCAGUCCAAUGUAUCAUUGAUGAACUUGAUAAUAUGCAGAGGCAUAACAAACUGAAUUAUGUAACACUUGUUUUGUGUAUGCUAAAUGAAAACAGUCUCUCCAAAGAUAAUUUUGAACAUAAAAAGCUUAUUGAUAAGAAAAAGAAAACUUUGGAAAACUGCAGAUUAGAGCUCAACACUGAUACUUUCAAGUUUAUGGAUGCUUUGUCAGCAAUGAAAGGGACCUACACAAAACAGUGUGGUGCACAGUACACAUUUAUACAUGACUCCAUGUUUGAAAUAUGUGCUUAUCAAUAUGGUAAACAGUUUCCUGACCAAAUGUUGCAGUGUAUGAGUAGUAGUUAUAUUGCUAAUAAUGUCAAAACACAGACAAGUGAACCAGGAAAUGUUAACAAAGUGAAAGAGAAACAGGGUGAUUCUCAACCUAUUGAGGGGCGUGAGAGUAGUGAAGGUAAAGAGAAGGAGAGUGAUGAUAAAAACAGUGAGGGAGAGGAAUCGUCUGAUCUGUGUAUAAGGUUAUGUGAGGAUCAGUACCCACUGUUAGCAGAGAGAUUGUACAGAGACAUACAGAACAUGGAGCUGUAUGAUGUUUUCAGGAAUCAGGUUUUAAAACAUCCCCAAGUGUGUCAGGUUUUUAUUGGUGUGUUAGAGACAAAGUCAUACGCAGAAUUAAAAGACUUGUUUCUGUCCAGUCAGGGAGAGGUAGAUAAGAUAGCGAGUAAACGAGAGCGUGUGGAAGAUGAGGGUGAGAGGAGUGAGUGGCAGAGACAGGAGGUGCUGAUAGGAAGGAAUAAACGAAAGGGAGAAACAAAUAGAGAAUACAAUGUGAGAGUGGUCAGCUGGGUGAUUUACUAUGGACACUAUCAGAUAAUAGAGUACAUAGUACAACAGGCUGAACAACACAAUGAAGUAAGUGAAUUAUUUGGGAUAACAGGAAAUUCUCCACAGGAAUCUCGAUCUGAGAUGGAGAGAUCUGGAAUAGAGACAUGUAAUAAUCAGAACAAUAGGCCUGUAGAACAAUCUACAUCUGGGAUAUAUACAUGUAAUGCAAAGGGAAAUGAAAUCAAUAGGCUUGUAGAACAAUGUAGAUUACUCUUAUUGAGUUGUUAUAGUGGUGAUGUACAGACAGUCAGAGUUCUGCUUCCUCUCUGUAAAAAAGCAAUCAAUGGGAUAGGUGGGAUCUGUAGAGGUAUUUAUUGGAAUCGUGAUACACCUCUUACUACUGCAUGUUAUAGAGGACAUGUGAGUAUAGUGAAGGAGCUGGUGAAGGAAGGGGCUGGUGUCAAUCUACAGGAUAUCAAGGGGAAUACAGCACUGAUAUCUGCAUGUAAGGGAGGACAUGUGAGUAUAGUGGAGGAGCUGGUGAAGGCGGGGGCUGAUGUCAAUCUACUAGGUAAGUACAGCAAUACACCACUGAUAGCUGCAUGUAAAGAAGGACAUGUAAGUAUAGUGGAGGAGCUGGUGAAGGCGGGGGCUGAUAUCAAUAUACAGGGUCAUUGCAGGAAUACACCACUGAUAGCUGCAUGUGAUGGAGGACAUGUGAAUAUAGUGGAGGAACUGGUGAAGGCAGGGGCUAAUGUCAAUCUACAGGAUACAUGGAGGAAUACACCACUGAUAGUUGCAUGUGAGGGAGGACAUGUAAGUAUAGUGGAGGAGCUGGUGAAGGCAGGGGCUAAUGUCAAUCUACAGGAUGAUGACGGGAAUACACCACUGAUAGCUGCAUGUAAUGGAGGACAUGCGAGUAUAGUGGAGGAGCUGGUGAAGGCAGGGGCUGAUAUCAAUCUACAGGAUAGGGGAGGGAAUACACCACUGGAAGCUUCAUGUAAGGGAGGACAUGUAAGUAUAGUGGAGGAGCUGGUGAAGGCGGAGGCUGAUGUCAAUCUACAGGAUAGGGGAGGGAAUACACCACUGAUAGCUGCAUGUAACGAAGGACAUUUGAGUAUAGUGGAAGAGCUGGUGAAGGCGGGGGCUGAUAUCAAUCUACAGGAUAUUAAGGGGAAUACAGCACUGAUAUCUGCAUGUGAGGGAGGACAUGUAAGUAUAGUGGAGGAGCUGGUGAAGGCAGGGGUUGAUGUCAAUCUACAAGAUAACAGUAUACAGGGGAAUACAGCACUGAUAUCUGCAUGUGAGGGAGGACAUGUAAGUAUAGUGGAAGAGCUGGUGAAGACGGGGGCUGAUGUCAAUCUACAGGAUAGGGGAGGGAAUACACCACUGAUAGCUGCAUGUAACGAAGGACAUGUGAGUAUAGUCGAGGAGCUAGUGAAGGCGGGGGCUGAUGUCAAUAUACAGGAUAGGGGAGGGAAUACACCACUGCUAGUUGCAUGUGAAGGAGGACAUGUAAGUAUAGUGGAGGAGCUGGUGAAGGCGGGGGCUGAUGUCAAUCUACAGGAUGAUAUCGGGAUUACACCACUGAUAGCUGCAUGUAAGAGUGGACAUGUGAGUUUAGUGGAGGAGCUGGUGAAGGCCGGUGCUGAUAUCAAUAUACAGAAUAGGGGAGGGAAUACACCACUGAUAGUUGCAUGUAACGAAGGACAUGUGAGUAUAGUCGAGGAGCUAGUGAAGGCGGGGGCUGAUGUCAAUAUACAGGAUAGGGGAGGGAAUACACUACUGCUAGUUGCAUGUGAAGGAGGACAUGUAAGUAUAGUGGAGGAGCUGGUGAAGGCGGGGGCUGAUGUCAAUAUACAGGAUAUUAAGGGGAAUACAGCACUGCUAUCUGCAUGUGAGGGAGGACAUGUAAGUAUAGUGGAGGAGCUAAUGAAGGCGGGGGCUGAUGUAAGUAUACAGGAUAUUAAAGGCAAUACAGCACUGAUAUCUGCAUGUGAGGGAGGACAUGUAAGUAUAGUGGAGGAGCUGGUGAAGGCGGGGGCUGAUAUCAAUCUACAGGAUAUUGAGGGGAAUACACCACUGAUAUCUGCAUGUGAGGGAGGACAUGUAAGUAUAGUGGAGGAGCUGGUGAAGGCGGGGGCUGAUAUCAAUCUACAGGAUAUUGAGGGGAAUACACCACUGAUAUCUGCAUGUGAGGGAGGACAUGUAAGUAUAGUGGAGGAGCUGGUGAAGGCGGGGGCUGAUAUCAAUAUACAGGGUAAUUGCAGGAAUACAGCACUGAUAGCUGCAUGUGAGAAGGGACAUGUGAGUAUAGUGAAGGAGCUGGUGAAGGUGGGGGCUGAUGUCAAUCUGCAGGAUAUAUGGGGGAAUACACCACUGCUAGUUGCAUGUUUGGGAGGACAUGUGAGUAUAGUGAAUGAGCUGGUGAAGGCGGGGGCUGAUGUCAAUUUACAGGAUACAUGGAAGAAUACACCACUGAGAGCUGCAUGUUGUAGAGGACAUGCGAGUAUAAUAGAGGAGCUGGUGAAGGCGGGGGCUAAGGAUAGACGGGGGGGAUACACCACUGAUAACUGCAUAUGAGGGAGGACAUGUGAGUAUAGGGGAGGAGCUAGUGAAGGCGGGGGCUGAUGUCAAUCUACAGGAUAGAUGGGGGAAUAUACCACUGAUAGCUGCAUGUUAUAGAGGACAUGUGAGUAUAGUGAAGGAGCUGGUGAAGGCGAGGAGUGAUGUCAAUCUACAGGAUAUUAAGGGGAAUACACCACUGAUAUCUGCAGUAAGAAAGUUCCCGUUAUCAACGGUGAAAUGUCUAGUGGAACAUGGAGCUGACUGGGUAACUCAGGUUGUUGAUAUCGAUGUGUCAGCAGUAUAUAAAGCAUCAAUACUGAACAAAACAGAUAUAAUGAAAUAUCUCAUACAGGAACAAAAUAAAAUCACUCCAGGUCAAUGUAACGGAAAUGUACACCUAUUUAACUGUCUGGUGGACAUCAGACAUGCUGGAGUUAAAACAGACAGUGGGGAUGAUGUGGUGGUGACAGACAGAUCAGUGUGGUGUAUGGAUAGAUGGGGAGAUAUGUGGGAGACAAUCAGUGAGAGAGACUGUGAUGUACUGAGGCGUCUGUUGUGUGUGGGUCUGGAUGUCAAUCAGUCAAUACAGUUAUAUGAUAUGUUCAAUGAUUACAAGCCUGGUGUGACACCUCUAUUGUAUACACUGAUUGAUGAGAAUGGUAUUAAUGUUAGUCAAAUAAUGGAGAAGGUGGGGAUCCUACUGGGGGCGGAGGCGGACGUCAAUAUCAGGGUGAGGUAUAGAGAGUAUAACACUGUGUUCGACUGGGAGGGCAUUUGUGAGUAUGAUUAUGUAUUAGACAGGGCGAGGUAUAGAGAGUAUGACUCUGUGUUAGACUGGGAGGGUGUGUCUGUUCUAGAGAGGACGAGGCGACUGGUGUGUAAGUAUAGUAAUAGUGAAAAAUGGUUUGACAGAGAGUACAAAGUUUCAGAGUGCAAGAAAGUGAUGUGUGAGAUAAAGAAACGUGUCAGAAGAUACUCUGUAUAGUCCCUGAUAGAAUUGUAGAGAGAUGUUGUUACUAAGUGCAAGAGAUAAAGAAACAUGUCAGAAGACACUCUGUAUAGUCCCUGAUAAAAUUGUAGAGAAAUGUUGUUAUUGAGUACAGGAGAUAAAGAAACAUGUCAGAAGACACUCUGUAUAGUCCCUGAUAGAAUUGUAGAGAGAUGUUGUUAUUUAGUACAAGAGAUAAAGAAACAUGUCAGACGACACUCUGUAUAGUCCCUAAUAGAAUUAUAAAGAUAUGUUGUUACUGAGUACAAGAGAGUGAUGUGUGAGAUAAAGAAACAUGUCAGAAGACACUCUGUAUAAUCCCACAUAGAAUUGUAGAUAUAUGUUGUUACUAAGUACAAGAGAUAAAGAAACAUGUCAGAAGACACCCUGUUUUGUCCCUGAUAGAAAUUAAGAGAUAUGUGUUCCUUUGUCAGUAGAUGUGGUGAGUAUAAAACCCAGUAGGUUACCAGUAUCUUUGUACAUAAUAUAAUUUACUAGAUUGUACGCCCGUGCAUCUCUCUCCUUAAGUUUCCAUUUGUUUGUGUACAGUAAUAUAGUGUUUCACAUGCAUAUAUUCUGUAAAUAUUGGAACCUUUCUGAAAAUACCGGUAUGCUGAAUAACAUCUGUGAUUAAUAGUAAAUGUUCACUGCGACAGUU